AUGCGUCCUAGCCAGCUCACCAAGGCCGAGAAGAGCCUGCACGAUCAAAUCAACAUACUCCCAGGCAAACAGCUACUCACAGCCUUUGGAACUCUUUCUGCCGCUCUACUUAUUGCUUGCAUUGACCAAAAUGGUAUUUCGGUCACGCUUCCCACUAUUUCUCGCGAUCUCAGCGCGGAAUCCACCAUUUCCUGGGCUGGUACCGCGAGCUUGCUUGCCAACACCACCUUCCAAAUGCUCUAUGGGCGCCUCUCAGACAUUCUUGGACGUAAAACAAUUUUCAUAGCCACGAUAUUGAUUCUCUCAGCUGCCGACCUCCUCUGUGGCCUUAGUAAAAAUGCCCCCAUGUUCUACGUUUUCAGAGGCAUUGCUGGCAUCGGGGGCGGUGGCAUUACCAACCUGAGCAUGAUUAUCGUCUCUGACAUUGUGACACUCGACCAGCGUGGGAAAUACCAAGGAAUCAUCGGAUCCAUCGUUGGCUUUGCUAAUGUUAUUGGACCUUUCAUUGCCGCGCUUAUUGUUCAGAAAUCUCGUUGGCAGGGUUUUUUCUGGAUGCUCUCGCCUCUCUCGGUAUUGGCAGCGGUCUUGACCUACUUCUUCUUACCAUCGAAACCACCGACAGAAGCCUUUAAAGCUAGUAUAAGCAAGGUCGAUUGGGCUGGUGCUCUAUUGCUAUCUGCAGGGGUCAUCCUGCUUCUGAUACCUAUUUCAGGAGGCGGAUCUUAUUUUCAAUGGUCUUCUCCGAUGAUCAUUAGCAUGCUCGCCAUUGGAUCCGUUUCUUUUAUUGGUUUUGUUACUUGGGAGUGGAAGCUGGCGAAGCUUCCUCUCAUGCCAGUGGACAUCUACAAGAACUAUGCGGUCUCCAUAAUGCUAACACAAAGCUUUCUUCUUGGGGCUGUGUAUCAAUCAUACUUGUACUACGUUCCGCUUUACCUUCAGAAUGCUCACCAGUACUCAGUCAUGACAUCUGCGUUGUUAUAUAUGCCUAUGGUUAUCUUCCAAUGUAUUUCAUCCAUUCUCUCUGGGCAAUACAUCAGCAGAUUUAAGCGGUAUGGAGAAGUCAUAAUGUUCGGCUUUGGGACUUGGACUCUCGGUGCGGGACUUGCCUUGAUAUUAAAUAAGGACACGCACCCUGCAGCAAUCGCGGCAAUAUUAUCUGUUGUUGGAGUAGGGGUGGGCAGCGUUUUCCAGCCAACACUUAUCGCCCUUCAAGCCAACUCACCGAUUUCUCGUCGAGCAAUCAUAAUAUCAAACCGAAAUUUCUACCGCUGCGCCGGUGGUGCCUGCGGACUGACUGUAUCUGCGGCCCUUCUACAAGCUCGCCUCCGUUCAGCCCUACCAGCCGAAUACAAGUAUCUUGCUACUUCAACAUACUCCGUGCCAAGUGCGGGAGAGAGUCAAUUUCCGGGUGUUUUGGACGCAUACAUGGCCGCGAGUCACAGUGUUUUCAUAUUACAACUUCCGCUUAUUGGCUUGUGUUUCCUCGGCACUGCAUUGCUUAAGGAUCGUGGUCUGGAGCCAGUAGAGACUGAUCAGCCAAAUGAGCCCGUUAUAUCUCAGAGUUAG